UGGACCUUUAAAUCACACACCACGUGACCUUCGACCAAUCACAUACAUUGAAACAAGUGACUGUCGACUUUGGCCAUUUGCACGUCCAAUGACAUUCGAGCUUUGUUUCUUCUCUUUCUAUGCUGAAUUUACAAUAAGUUUUUAUGUUUGAUCUGUAUGAUCUUGUCACGUUGCGACAACAACAUUGUCCAAGUAAGAUAACAGUUCACUGACCGGAAAGCUGAGUAGGCCUACACAACUUAAAUAAAGGAAUAACACCUGGGCACCAUGGAGCUGAAACAGCAAAUCUUGGUCACCACAGUAAGAGGUUUCUCACUCAGCCCUCCCUAUAUAUUCCCUGUCUGAACCCAGAGGAGAGGAGGUCUUUUACCUCUAAGUGCUCAUAUUUCGACCCCCCAUCCCCUGUCAUCCUACAUACCUAUACCUUGCAUUCCUUUCCUGACCUUUAACAUCUUACCUCCAGCAUUCCUGUUCAAUUGUCUCCCACUCUCAUGGUGUUCUUCUGACUUGUUCCUUCUCUUGUCUUGUCUUCUUCUUCUUUCUUCUCUUUUCUCUCUGCUCUCUCCUCUCCACAUUUCAUCUUCUGUCUCAAUCCAUAGUGUAAUUUCCCCCCAAAACAUCUGCAUCCUCGUCUCUGUCCGACACAACGUCGCGAUGAGGAAACCGCAAAACAUUCUGCUGCUGGCCUGUGUGGUCGUCAGCUCCGUCACGAUAUUCUACCUUGGCCUGAGCACCAUGGAAUGUCCGAGCCGCGGGCGUUGGCACGGUAGCCAGUCCAGACGCUACGCCUGGGCCUCGCAGAACCCGGGCCUGAACCAGAGCGCCGCGGCGGCGAUCCCGCUGGAGUACGACGAGAACACGCCGCUCAUCUUCGUGGGCGGCGUCCCGCGCAGCGGCACCACGCUGAUGCGGGCGAUGCUGGACGCCCACCCGCUGGUGCGCUGCGGCGAGGAGACGCGCGUCAUCCCGCGCCUGCUGGCCAUGCACUCCACCUGGAGCCGCUCGGCGCGCGAGCGCAUGCGCCUGGACGAGGCCGGCGUCACCGACGAGGUGCUGGACGCCGCCGUGCGCGCCUUCCUGCUGGAGGUGAUCGUGGGCCACGGCGAGCCGGCGCCGCGCCUCUGCAACAAGGACCCCUUCACGCUCAAGUCGCUGGCCUACCUGAGCCGGCUGUUCCCGCGCGCCAAGUUCGUGCUGAUGCUGCGUGACGGCCGCGCCACCGUGCACUCCAUGAUCUCGCGCCGCGUCACCAUCACGGGCUUCGACCUCAGCAGCUACCGCGACUGCCUGGUCAAGUGGAGCCGGGCGGCCGAGAGCAUGUACGAGCAGUGCCGCGAGGCCGGCCGCCAGCGGUGCAUGCUGCUGCGCUACGAGCAGCUGGUCCUGGAGCCGCAGCUGGCCAUGCAGAAGCUGCUGCGCUUCCUGGACCUGCCCUGGGACACGGCCGUGCUCCACCACGAGCAGCUCAUCGGGAAGGCCGGCGGGGUGUCGCUGUCCAAAACAGAGCGGUCCACCGACCAAGUGAUGAAUCCGGUCAACACAGAGGCCUUGGUGAAGUGGGUUGGCAAGAUCCCGGCUGACGUGGUGAAAGACAUGGCAGACAUCGCGCCCAUGCUGAGCCGGCUUGGCUACGACCCUCAAGCCAACCCCCCCGACUACACGAAACUGCAAGAGCCCUCACAUGGCAACAGCAGCUUGCUGGUGAGGGGCAACAGUAUGGCGUCUCAGCUCCAAAGAGUUCUGAAUUUACACCGGAUUGUAGAAAGUCCUGAUCCCAGUUAGGCCAGCUGCACAGCUGAUUAUCAUCAUGGUAACCAGUAUUGGACCCAUGUCAUGGAGUUCUGUCCAGUGACUCUUAUGAGGGAUGGCCUUUGGUUUUGUUUAUGGGAUGAUUUUUUUGUCUGAGAGAAUAACACCUGUCUACAUUCAUUGAAGACACAAGUUUCAUCAUUGUCAGUAAUCAUAAAUUACAUGUAAGACCCAGGAAGGAGUUGCGGUCAUAAGCACAGGUGAUUAUUAACGUGGUGAAUGUCUUUGAACAUGUACACUAUCCAUGUCUGAUCAGGUUGUUUGGUUGGGAACCUCAAGUGCAAGAUGUGCCAUAUUUCAGUGAACAUUUGUUUGCCAUUAUGUCUUCGAUUUAACUUGUGUGAUCAAGCACAUCUAUACCCAGUAUUAAUGCAAAUGCCAAGAGUAUUUUUGUGACGUCAUGUCAGACUUCAUUGUGUGUUGAUCAUUGGAUUUUGUGGAGCAAACAAAUUAUUUGUGGUCUCAGAGAUUAUUUAUUAAAGAGAUUUAUUUUUCAAA